AUGCCAACAGUGACAGCUCAGGUGAUGAAACUUUUGCUAAUGACGCUUGCUCUGGAAUGGAUUUGUGGGUACCAUAUUUUCUCUGACGAUCCGGGCGUGAUACAAAUUGGCUUAGGCCAUAAAUUACUCGUCAAUGAAACGGUACCGCUGCACACGAAGCUAUUGAUCUCGUGUCACCUCAACGAUGCUCUGUGGUAUAAGAAUGGGAAAUUGUACACCUCUAAGGGCAAGCAUGCCAAAUCACUGAAAUUCGACUCCAUAGAAAAAUCGGAUGCCGGGUACUACUCGUGCAGGUCGAAGUUCAACGAGUGGUCCAACCUAACGCUUUUGGUGGUCGGCCAGCACGAUAUCGCGAAUCUGAAAAAGGAAAGUCUUGUGGACAAUCAGACAAUAACUGUGAAGAAAGUCGGCGAUAGCUACAUGGAUGAUCCCAAAAAAUCGUACAAUAAGAUGGAAAUAGAUCGGCUACAACCGGGGCUUCCAUUUUUUACGAAACCCGAGCAAAUGAUCGCACAGCUGUUCAAACCUUCCGGAAAUAUGGUUCGUUUGAGAUGUGCUGCCGAUGGCAAUCCCCUGCCAAACAUUAUCUGGACUAAGGACUAUAAGAAUAUUUCCCGUGACAUGGGCGUGGUGAAGUAUGUCCGGUGGUCGAUCGUGUUGGAAGAUCUGGUUGUCAAGGAUUCGGGAACCUACACCUGCAACGUAUGCAACAGCUUCGGAUGCAUAAGCUUCACUACCAAGCUUAUGGUCAAAGAUCGUUUUCCUACCAGGCCGUACAUAGAGGAAGGUUCUCUCACGAAUAUCACCGUUCUGGUCAAUAGCACGGCCACAUUCGAGUGCCGAACCAUUUCCAAAUUAGAGCCUCACAUUGAGUGGGUGAAGUUCCACAUCACAGAUCCGAUGCAACCCAAAAUACCCGAAAACAUUUCUAUACUCGAGCGUAACUUUGACAAUCCCGAAAUACUGACAAUCGAGAAUGUGACCCACGCCGAUGAAGAGAAUUUCAUGAUCUUGAAACAUUCAUCAAAAAUGUCUUAG